CGCGGGGCGGGCCGCGGGCCCGCAGGAAGCCGCGGGGCGCUCGGAGCGGCGGCGAAGAGGAGGAGGAGGAGGAGGCCCGGCCGCGGGAAGAGGGCUGCGGACGGGGAGGAAGAGGAGGAGCCCCGCCGCCCCCCGCCCGCCGCAGGAAGCCGCCGGAGGAUGUGCGGUAGCGCUGGGGGCCCGGCCCGCACGCCGUGACAGCCCGCUCGGCGCUGCGCUCGCUUCGCCGCGGCCGCCGAGCCCCUCCCCGCGGAGGAAACAUGUCCAAGAUGCCGGCCAAGAAGAAGAGCUGCUUCCAGAUCACCAGCGUGACCACGGCGCAGGUGGCCAGCAGCAUCACCGAGGACACCGAGAGCCUGGACGACCCGGACGAGUCCCGCACCGAGGACGUGUCCUCUGAAAUCUUUGAUGUUUCCCGAGCCACCGACUACGGCCCUGAGGACGUUUGUGAGCGGAGCUCCUCCGAAGAGACACUCAACAACGUGGGUGAGGCCGAAACUCCCAGCAGCGUCUCUCCCAAUCUCCUUUUGGACGGGCAGCUGGCUGUGGCUGCUGCGGGGAUGGCUGUAGCCCCCAACGGGGGGGCUGUGCCCAAGAGCUCUGCCGUGCCCCUGCCAGCUGCUGCCUCUGGCACUGCCGUGGGGGGAGGCAGCAGUGCUCAGGCCGUCCUGCCCUCCACGGGGCCCUCUGCGCCCGCCGCCCCUGGCACCAUGUCUCAGACGGCGGCUGCUGCGUGCAGCUCCCGCUUCAGGGUGAUCAAGCUGGACCACGGUACUGGGGAGCCCUACAGGCGAGGCCGAUGGACGUGUAUGGAGUACUAUGACCGGGACUCCGAUGGUGGUGUUCUGGGCAGGACCGGAGAUUGCAUUAGGCACAGCAGCACCUUUGAGCAGGCUGCUCAAGAGAGGGACAGUGGCCUCGGUGCCACAGGAGGUUCUGUUGUGGUCUCGGCUGUGCCAGCAUCAGCCCAUGGCCCCGAUUCUAUAGCUGACAGUUCCCUGGCUGCUGUGUCACAGCUGCUCCAGACAGAGAAAAUGAACCAGUCCUCUCUACAGCAACCUAGUUUUGUCAUUGGGCAACCACAGCAGCCGCAACAGCCCGUAGGUGGGGCCAUGCCUCAGAGUACUGCUCAGCCUGCGUUUUCUGGGGCUUCGGGAGCAAGUCAGCAAAUGAUGGUGCCACAGCAACCGCAGCCACAGGUAAAUCCACAGGGUGUUGCACAGGCUGGACCCAACGGGAAAGGCAUGGCACCUCCAAAUGUGACAGUAGGGCAGCCGAGCGUUCCUGUGGCCCAGCAGCAGGUGCAGCAGGCAAGCAUACCAGUGACUCAGCCUCAACAAUUUGCUUAUUCUCAGUCCCAGAUUCCACCAGUGCACCUACUGCCGACGCAGCCUCCUGGGCAGGCCGAAUACAUGCAGCAUGUGACAAUUAUGCAGUCUCAAGGAGCUGUUCAGCAGGCUACUACAGGUUCUGCUCCAAGUACUGUGGCCUCCAGCCUGCCUGUGGGGCAGGUGAUGGGCCAAAACCCCUCGCCUGUGGGAGCACCAGUGAUGGGGGUGUCAGCACAGCCCGGUGAAGCAGUCGGCCAGGGGUCGGGGUUGCUGCAGAGUGGCCAGGCACAGGCUAGUCAACCUGCCGUCCCACAGCCGGGCCUUGGACAACCAGGGGUUGUGCAACAGAAAUCUGUGACUCAGCAUCCAAUGGGGGGAAGCAGUCAAGUGUCAGGAAUGCCUGGUGCUCCCCAUGCUGUGGUCCCUGGAGUUCAGAGCGUGCCUGCGGUUGUGCCCGGUACAAGUGUGCCUAGUGUGUCCACCACUGCUUCUGUCACUAUGCCAAACGUCCCUGUUACACUGGUGCAGUCCCAGCUGACGAGCCACCCUUCUGCCAGCAGAAGCACCGGCGCGGUCCAGCCCCAGCACGUGGGACACUCGAUGAUGCAAGGCGCGCCCAGCGCACCCGCCAGUCUGCCUCAGGCAAACCUUGGACAGUUUCAGACCCAGGCCCAGUCUGUAGUAGGCCAGAUUGAUGAUACUAGAAGAAAAUCAGAACCCCUACCUCAGCCACCCCUUUCUCUUAUAGCUGAAAAUAAACCUCUUGUGAAGCCUCCCAUUCCAGACACUCUAGCAAAUCCUCUUCAGUUACCUGCAAGUACUCCUAUCAACAGUCUUGCUAGCUCUGUGUUUGGCAUAUCCAUUCCUGUUGAUGGUGAUGAAGACAGGAAUCCGUCAACUGCAUUCUACCAAGCGUUCCAUUUCAACAAGUUACACGAGCCAAAGGCCUCCUGGGAUAGCCAUCUCUCGGGACCAGCUGAAGCCAGCAGAGCUACUACAUGCUACUGCAGUAGAGAGCAAGAGAGUGCUGAAUUGCUGCAGUGAAUAGAGAUGGGUUUGUUUUUCACCAACACGCCAUGGCAGGAAGAGUGCUGGUGGCACUGAAAUCAGUAAGUGUUAGGGAGAUGCUGGUUGUUACUGUCACAAUGGCAGGAAUGUUUUCCUGCACUGUGCUCACGUAGGUGUUGCUAAGGGCUCAAGUCUCAUGGGUUGGUCUUCUCAACUGAUGUGGUUUGGGAAGGGGAAUAGUGGCUGCUUGACAUCUUCACAUGAGUCUGGGUCACUCUUCUGGGCCUGGGUUGUCUUUGCACAGUAAUAGUGCCAUAGCAGCUUUAGUGGGUCUGCCUAAAAUACAGCCCUUAUCAGUAAACUUGAAUUUAAAGCAGUAGGAUUUAUGUUUCUGUUGCAUGUGUGUGAAGCAUUAAACCUUCACAAUAUAAAUUAACUCAUGAAAUGUGUGUGGAAACUCCUGAGGUGGCAAAUUCACUGCCUUGGACUGUCACAUGUUCUCACACGACUUUGACAAAGAAAAAUAAUGAAAAUCUACAAUACUCACACAGAUACACUUUCCAGGCUGGAUACGUGAUUGCAUUGGGAUGCUGGCAUUGUAGAGUCUAUUAAUGGGAUGGAGGCUAAUUAAACAUGCCUUAACUGUUUCAAGAACAGAAAAGAUUUCUUUGGGUGGACUGAGUAGCCCAACCAGUGGUAAGACAUGAAGAGUGGCUGGUUCAGUGGCUGCAGUGGCUCGUAAAUGAGUAAACAAUGAGGGGAAACAAAAAAUGAACACUCGGCUUUAGUUUGUAGCUCACUUGCAAGCAAAAAGAGUUGGAACUUUUUGAGGUACCUUGUCAUUGCUUACGGAAAGGUGGUUUGAUAAUUUGAUUGAAAGCAGUAACAGCGAAUGAGAAGAGCUGGGAGCAGUUCCUUGGCUUGGGGAUAUCCAUCAGACAUCCCCAAGGUGUGAACACCUUUCCCACUGUAACCUAAACCAAAGCACAUCUGGUGCUUCAGAGGAAUUGUCUUACAGAGGCUGUUGGACAGAGCAUCAGUGUCCCUCUGUGCUCUGCUCUGCAGGAUCAGCUGGAAAAUGUGAUAGGUUUUAUGUAUCUAGAGGGCAAGAAAACUCCUGUAUUCUGUGAGUCUUUUGGGGGGUGACUUAGUGCUAAGAAGUUCCUUGGGACAGUAGUAUGCAGAUAAUCAUUAAUACAGCUGAAUAUGGAAUAUGGCUUUUGUUAUUGACUGAAAAGCUUCAGAAUUAGUUUACAUCAUCCAGACUGUAGGAUUUCAAUCUCAUUUAAAUGUGAAAUGCUGUUACCUAGUCUAGUCUGUCGACCUAGUCUGUUGACCACCCUUGCAAAAUGUCCAUAAAUUGUCUACAGAUGUCUGUUGUCAUUGUUUAGUCUGACUUUGGGCUCCCAUGGUGGUCACUCGGGACAGGAGAGGUGGUGUGGUGGGUCCUGCAGCUUUCCUCAUCGUGGUCUUCACCACAGACUGCUGGGGAAUCUCACAUUCUCCCCUGCCUCCAGCAUGGGAUCCUUUCCAUGGGCUGCAGUUCUUCAUGAGCUGCUCCAACGUGGGUCCCUUCUGCAGGGUCAGUCCUUCAGGAACUCCAGUGUGGGUUCUGUGGGGUCGCAGGUCCUACCAGCAAACCUGCUCCAGCCUGAGCUCCUUUCUCCAGGGGGCACAUGUCCUGUUAGGAGCCUGUUCCAACAUGGACUUCCCGUGGGGUCGUGGCCUCCUUUGGGCACCCACCUGCUCUGGCAGUGGGCUCCUCCACAGGCUGCAGGUGGGUCUCUGCUCCCCUGUGCACUCCUCAGGUCACAGUCCCUUGGACUGGAGCUCCAGCCUGCCCAGUGUGGCAGCGCUGCCCUGGGCACCUGCCAGGACAGGCACGUGGCCGUUAUCGAGCGCUCCCAGCACGGCAGGGAGGUGAUAAGAGCAGUGUGGCAGCAGCCAAGCGAAACGUGGCCACUGACAGGCAAUGGCCUCUGCCACGGGGGAGAGAGCCCAUGGCGAGCACGGGGGUGGCCAGGCUGGAGCAGCUGCUGCUGUCCAUUCAAUCUAGCACAUCCCAGGCAAAUCUGUCCUUAUCUUGAAACCUUCCAGCCCCACGCUUGGUGCCAAAAAGGGCUGUUGUGGUUUAACCCCGGCAUCUGAGCCCCACAAAGCUGCUCACUCAACCUCCCGCCAGAACAGGAAGAGGAGAGAACUCAUGGGGUGAGAUAAAGAAAAUUUAAUAGGUAAAGCAAGCACCACAUAUAUUUUUUUUAAACCAUCAAAAUGAGAAUUUCUCAGACUAAAUAGGCUUUUGGCUACCUGGUGUGUAAUGUAGAAAAGUGUUGGGUUUACUAUCCAUCUCUACAAUGACAAACUGUACUUGGGGGUCUUGGAUGGUUUUGCUGACUGUAAAUCUUGCCUUAUACUUAGUGGGCUUCAACACAAACUUGAUGUACCAAUAUAAUGUCUUUUCGGGCAGAGCCUUCAUUGGCAUGUCCUUAACUCAGAGGUCUAAGUCAAACCAAACUGUUCCCUGGAAUUACAGUGUGUCUGUUCAGUUCCUGGUUGGCUGCAGAAGCUCAAUGUGGGGUGGGGGGUUUGCAGUUACAAAAAAAAUAUUACAUACCUAAUGCACCUCUUAAUCUGUUCUGUGUUACUUAAUGUGGAUUUUUUUCAGCUUUGACAAUAAUUGUCAGACUUCUGUAGCUCCUGGAGCAAUCAGUAAUUGGUCUCUUUGUAAUAGCUAAAUGGGGUCUUUCCACUUCUAACUCCAGGGUUUGCAAGUCAGAGCAUCGGCUCUGCAGUGGAUGGUGCACUCACAGAACGUGUCACUCCAGUCACUUAUCCAGAAAGACUUAUUUAACAGAUACUUUGGUUUUUUCCUGGCCUUUUCAUAAGGACUAGAUUGUAUCUAUAAAUUUCAUUCUGAAGCUAUGGGAUAAAAUACUUUAUGCAAACAGUGCUUUAAUAUCAAGAGCUCAGGAUUUGUGAAAAGUACAAAAUCUUAAGAUUUAGCAUUAUAUUUGGAGUGUCCUGUGAGAGCAGCUGGCUCUGGAGGGCUCUGCUGCUCAACAUCUCACAGGAGCUGAGUGAGUGGGGAGCACUGUAAAAUGAAUAAAGGACAGAAUCUUGUAGCAGAUGUGCUACCCUAAAAUCUAAUUCUCAUCUGCUUGUAGAAAGUGACCUGGAACACGUCAGGUGAUUUUGUCCUGAUGGUGGACUGGGCACUGCUCCGUCAGCAUGGGGCUUCUCCUGGGUGAGGCGGUGGGGGUCUCUGCCUGCUGGAGUUGGGAUGGGUGCAGGGAGCAGGGAGUAGGGCUGGAGUCCGAACUCAGCACUUCAAUCUUAGUGCAGAUUCUCCGAGGAUAAGGGCAGCAAGAACUCCGACAUGAGUAACAGUAGUGUAUGAGCUGCUUAGGGCUUUCAGCACUGUUGGUGUCACUCUAAGUGUGGGAUAUGGGUGGAAGAGCAAUGGCUUCUCAGGCUCAUUCCAAUCACAGUGUGGGGAGGGACAGUUUUUACACCCACAUGGUGAGCCCUGCACCCAUCUAACAGGCAGAGGGGAGCUGGGGCACGAGGUACAGCAUAGGAGAGGUGCCUCUGCAGUGUGCCACGGGUGUUCCAGGAGACUGAGGGAAGGCUGCCGGUCUUUUCUCAUGGAGCUGCUCGAAUGCCUUAACUCGGAGCGGUGCAAUAGACUUUGUUCUUCCAUCCCUUUCAACUAUUUUGCAGUGUAAUUAUUUAAAAAAUAAAGUCCCAGUCUCAAGUUUAACUAGACAGGUAUUGACAGAAGGUGUGUGAUGGUGCUGCAAAGAUGGAGCAGCAGAUCCCACUGCCACGUGUGGUGUUUACUUUAAUUUUCCUCUUGUCACCUCUUCAGAGCUGCUUCACCUGACCCGUAGAGUGGUGUCCAUGAAAGCUGUUGGGGAUUUCGUGGUUCUUGAACACAGACACUUCUGAUGCUGCCAGAUGAGUUUGAAGC